GUCGGUCCGUCGGUCAAUCCUCCUGCACGCUCGACAAAUGUUUACAUCUCAACAUUGCGUGCCUCGUAGGUAGCGGCUUUUCAGUUUUCGAAAGACUGUACGCUCGGUAGUGUUCACAUUCCUAGUAAGUAAUAUUGCAAACCUGCAUACAGCUUUAGCGUAACUGCGACUACUUUUCCAACGAGGGCCAUGGCGAAAGGAAGCGUCUUGUGGAGGAGAACUGAGUUCCAAGAUGACGAGAUCUGGGACGAUACCGAGAUGAUCGCUGCCUACAACCGUGCCGUCUCCAAAAUUAAGGACGAGAUUUCCAGACGCAGUCGAACUUCUUCCGAAACACAAGCCUCACAGUCGGAACCACCAACUGGGUGGAAGCAGGGCGACUACUGCAUCGCGGUGUACUCGGGCGACCACCUGCCCUAUGAGGCCAAGAUCAAGUACCUGAAGGGCAAGCACUGCACGGUGCACUACAUCGGCUACGGCAACGAGGAGCGGGUACUUGUGGCCGACCUCCACCCCUCGGAGGGCAGACGGGCUCGCCUGGCGCAGCGGGAGAGGGCCGAGAGCAGCAUUCAUGCCAAUGCCAGUAGCUUCCCUCCACACCUACCACAGUGGGAUGCUCCACAAGCGGUUUCCGCAGAACCGUGGAAGCGUCAGCGCCGGUCUGCCUUCUCCAACACUGUGGCCCGGAUUCCGUCCGUCCCUCCCCCGCCCCCUCCCCCGCCUUUCACCGGGGACAUCAAGGACAACGAAGCCCUGUCCUCGAUGCUCAUGUCCUGGUACAUGAGCGGCUACCACACGGGAUUCUAUCAGGCUCUACAGCAGGCCAGAGAGGAGCAGAAAACCUGCUGCCACGAACAUUGACAAGCAUCGCCGCAACGCGAACGGGCAACCAGCAUCCCACGUGUACAGCACCCGUCGUCAUUCAGAAGUUUUUUUCAUUCUUUCACGUGCAACCAUACAUCAAGUAGGAAUAAAGACUGCAUCGCAUAAACCAGA